AUGGUUGGUGUUGAGAAGCCGCCCCUGCCAAUGCGGACCGCAAACGAGGCAAGAAUGAACGAGGUCUGCCGAGAGGAUGACCCGUUCUACUGUUUCCUGCUCCAGGCGACAUUACUAUACUACCCAUUGUUGUUGUUGCUGGUCUUCGUCAUCUCGGCCGCGACACACAGCAUAUUGACGACACCGAAAGACGACGUGGACGAAGAACCUUUGGGCCCAGGCGGUAAGCGACUACCCGUGUCGAAGAAGAAGAAGCGCCGCGAUGGAGAAGAACCCAAACGCAAACAAUAUGGUCCGAUACUGUCACCAACAUCCCGAUCAUGGCUCACCUGGAUCUCCGUCGUCGUAUUUUUGACGUUCGUUGCCAAUGCCGUCGCUCACUUCAGCUACGUUAUGGGAGAACUCGAGGGCGUCAUCAAGGGACAUAAGGAGUCCCAAUCCAUGACUGUGUACCUCAUUGGAUCGCCGAACCUUUACCUAUACCUCAUCACGACACUAUUCGAAUGGAACGAAAGUCCAACGAUAGCUCACUUCCUCACCUGGGUUCUCUCUCUGAUUGGCGAAUUGGUCAUUUGCAUAUGCACUUUGCUUAAGGCCGCGGACCCGAGAUUUGCAAGCGACGAAACAACCCAACUCGAGACUAGAACGCUGCAUAUAUCUAAGUGGGAUUUGACUGACGUCGUUCUCUACAUCAUCCGCAUCGCACUCACAACGUGUAUGCUCAGCAUCUACUGGGCUGCUUGGGUCCACACGCCCAAACAGGAGGCAGACAAGACUGAGCUGCAAAACUCGUCUCAAGGCGCCGAGGAAACGACGCCUUUGCUUAACGGUCAUCGGACGUCGUACAGCAGCCAAAACGGCCGAGAUUUGAAUGGUCGAUCAGUACGAAGCUCUAGGAAUGGAAGUACCGUCGGCAACACUAAUGGUGCGGCUGAAGGUGGUAACAUCACCAAGGACUAUAAGGAGCCGGGCUUCUAUCGACCUGACAAAGCACCGCAAACGACAUGGUGGGGUUACCUGCGAAGCUACACGAUGUUCUUCGAUUACCAGUGGCCCAAGAACUCUCUUUACCUGCAGUUUCUCUAUGCACUCUGCGUACUCCUCUUGGUGGCACAGCGUGCCAUCAACGUAGCUGUACCAAUUGUUGUUGGAUGGCUCACGAAGAAGUUAACCCUCGCAGAGGCUCCGUGGUAUAUGUUGGGCCUGCUCAUCUUCCUACGGGUUUUGCAAGGAGGAGGCAUGCUUCUGGAUGCGACACGAGCCAUCUUAUGGGUACCAAUCUCACAAAACUCGUACAGGGCUUUGACGACAGCAGCCUUCGAGCACGUCCAUUCUCUCAGCCUGGAUUUCCACCUCGGCAAGCGAACCGGCGAGGUUUUGUCCGCCCUCAACAAAGGCGCGUCUAUCAACUCCUUUCUCGAGCAAGUGACGUUCUCGGUGGCACCCAUGAUUCUCGAUCUGCUCUUGGCCGUUGUGUUCUUCUGCUGGUACUUUGACGCGACCUAUGGCGCGAUAGUGAGCUGCCUAACUUUCUGGUACCUGUUCCUCACUAUUAGGAUGGCACAGACUAGGGCAGACCAGCGAAGGCUCAUGUCCAACGCCGAUAGAGAAGAAGAGGCCGUCAAGAACGAUUCCAUUACCAGCUACGAGACGGUCAAAUAUUUCAAUGCCGAGCAGUGGGAGUUUCAACGAUACCGCAACGCUAUCGAGGCAUACCAGGACGCUGAAAAGCAGGUAACGUGGGGCGUCAACAAGAUGAACGUCAUUCAAGCCUUUGUUUUCAUGGCUGGAUUCACUGUGGUCAUGGUCUUUGGAGCUUAUCAGGUCACCCAUGGAGGAAUGGAUGUCGGCAGAUUCCUGACCCUCAUGACCUUCCUCAACCAGCUGCAGGCACCUCUGAACAUAUUCGGAUCCUUCUACAGGACCAUUCAACAGUCAAUGAUCUCGGGCGAGCGUCUUCUGGAGCUAUUCAAAGUCAAGCCCACCGUGGUUGAUGACGCCGAUGCCAAACCCUUGCUUGAAUGCAACGGCAACAUCCGAUGGAACAAGGUAGCGUUCAACUACGAUCCAAAGAAUAAGGCCCUGAAGGAUCUCGACUUCGAGUGUAAGCCUGGCACCACCACGGCGUUUGUCGGCGAAUCUGGCGGUGGAAAAUCGACGGUUUUCCGCCUCAUGUUCCGGUACUACAACACAUCCUCUGGAAGCAUCGAGAUUGACGGUCAAGACGUCAAGAACCUUACUAUUGAUUCGGUCAGACGUUACAUCGGAGUCGUCCCCCAGGAUACCACAAUGUUCAACGACACCCUGAUGUAUAAUCUCAGAUACGCCAACCAGUCAGCCACUGAUGAGGAGGUGUUUGAAGCAUGCCGGGCUGCCAGCAUCCACGACCGGAUUAUGUCAUUCCCAGAGAAGUACAACACAAAGGUCGGAGAGCGUGGUCUUAAACUCAGUGGUGGCGAGAGACAGCGAGUCGCAAUAGCACGGACAAUUCUCAAGAACCCCAAGAUCAUCAUGCUGGAUGAAGCAACGUCAGCCCUCGACGCCCACACAGAGCAACAAAUUCAAGAUCGGCUUGGCCACCUUGGUCAGGGCAGGACACUUUUGGUCAUUGCACACCGCUUGUCGACCAUUACGCAUGCUGAUCAAAUCAUUGUUCUCAACAACGGCACCAUCGCUGAGAAGGGCACUCACGAAGAACUCGUCAACGCCAACGGACGUUACGCCUCGAUGUGGGAGCGACAAGUGCAGGCAGAACGUGCCGCUGAGAAAGCUCGUGCUGCUAGUAGGAAGGCACAAAAGCUCCUUAGAAAGGCGAAUAUUGGUGGCCUCAAGAAGCAGACAGAUGGACAUUCGGAUGGAUACACUAGCCUUGACUCCUCGACUAUCCUUCCAGGCAGCUCAGGGAACAACUCCAAGGCCGGCACUACGGGUGAGGACUCGUCCAGCUCUAACAGCUCUGAUGUCGAGUCGGUACACAGUGCUCACCACGAUUCGGAUCACUCUGAUCACUCGGAUCACUCACACCAUUCGGAUCGCUCACAUCAUUCUGACCGAUCGCAUCACUCUGAUCACUCACAUCAUUCUGAUGACUCGCACCAUUCUCGACGACACUGA